AUGUCCGGGCAUGGGGGAGUAGCACGAUCGACGCAACCGCGCACUGAGGAGCAACGCCGAAUUGAUCUCGACAAAAUAAGUCACUAUCGAGAUCUGGAAAACCAAGUUCGCAAAAAGACAUCACAGAAAGACUACAGCCAAGAGACGCUAGAUCUUACGUCGAAGCUUCUCCGUCUGAAUCCGGAAUACUACACGAUAUGGAACAUUCGCCGACGCUGUAUAACGUAUGGCUUUUCCUCAGGACAAUCGGGUGGAUCGCAUCUCCCGAAGGAGUCACAGACUUCCUCACCGAAAACCACUCCACCACUGUCUUCCGCAACUUCGUUGUCUGCAUCUUCGGCCAAGACUCUAUCGUCCCUAGAGCUCCAGACAGCUGGGAAGAGUGGUACAACAGCUGAGGCUGACAAAGGAUACAAGGAGGAUAGGGAGGUCAUCAAGACUGAGCUCACCUUUACCGUGCCUCUGCUUAUGGAGUUCCCCAAGUGCUACUGGAUAUGGAGUCAUCGUCUGUGGGCACUGAAUCAGUCCAUAGAGCGUCUUCCUGUCCCCGUGGCCCGUAAAGUAUGGGAGGAGGAGCUCGGACUUGUGGGAAAGUUGCUGCACAGGGACUCGCGUAACUUCCACGCCUGGGGAUACAGGCGUUACGUCGUCGAGAAGCUCGAGAGCGCCCAACUCGACGGCUCCAGUCGGGCCGAGUCCGAGUUCGAGUACACCACUAAGAUGAUUCAUAAUGAUCUUUCUAACUUUUCGGCUUGGCAUCACCGCAGCCAAAUCAUUCCCCGUCUGCUAAACGAAAGGAAAGCUACGGAUGACGAUCGGCGCAAGUUUUUGGAGAGUGAGCUUUCUCUCAUCCGCGAGGGACUCAACGUAGGCCCAGAGGACCAGUCACUUUGGUUCUAUCACCAGUUCCUCGUGUCAAACAUCACCGAUAAGCCAAACUCCCGGACGAUAGCGCCCAACCUUACCGACGCCGAGCGCAGAUUGUAUGUUGAGAGAGAGAUUGACGAGAUCAAGGAUUUCUUAGAGGACUACCAAGACAUCAAGUGGAUAUACGAGGCUCUAGUACAAUACAGCAUCGCCCUGCCGCCGUCGCAGGAUGGUGCGCAAGACAACUCAGACGACUGGGUGCCCUGGCUGAAGAAGUUGAGGGAGUUGGACCCUCAACGAAGCGGCCGUUGGAAUGACUUGGGAAAAUAA